GGCACGGAGCCGGCGGGCCGCCCCGGGCUCGGGAGUUAGGGGCCCGGAAACGGCCGGUGCCGUCCUGACCGGGAACAGCCGUGCGUCCAGCGGCAGGGGAGAGGGCCCGGGGCGGGGGUGACACCGCCCCGAUUCCCGGGAGCCGCCCCGCCAGGUCCCGGGCUCUGCUCCUUUUGUCCCUCCCGGCGCACCGGGGUCUGCCGGAGGGGCCGGACCGGGGCACGGCUGUGCCGGGCAGCGCUUGGCCGUGCUUCGGCGUGAGAGCAACGCUCGGAACUUCCUGCAGCCCUUUGGUAGCUCACUGAUAACCAGCAGGAUGUGGUGGGUACAUUCGUUACCAUUAAUGAGUAAGUCAAUUGUGAGUAGUUUCAUUGUCAGCAUUCGGUGUGGCAAGAGGAGGUGGCAGGUGGCACCCAGCGCCUUCACUCCCCGCGGUGCCCAGGAGCAGCCCCAGGAGCUCCCGCCACAGUGCGGGCUCUGCUCGCAGGCUCCCAGCUGUCACCAAUUCCAAGCAGCCCAACACGCUGCUGCAGCACGGCCCAGCCAGCGGCCACGCCGUUAAGAACACAGCUCAGGUGUGUGGGAGACCCUCAGCCCACAGCUGUCCCAGGGAAGCUUCAGGAAGGCACCCACAGGGGCAGUCGCUCCACCACCCCCCUGGAGCCCUUUGGCAGCAAGUUGAAGACCAGCAGCUGUGGGCUCAGCAGUGGGGCACUGGGGAUGCGCUUCCCCAACAAAGAAUUCAAGAAACCGAGAGCCACCAGAGAUAGGGCCUGGAUAGGGGCGGCGCUGAGGCUCUGAGAUUAAUGCCCUCUGUGAGCGCCCUGUGCCCCGUGCAGCGGCACGCUGGGUGGCAGUGACUCACAAUCACGCACCAAGGAGCGUUUCCAGCCUGAGCUGAGGGAACUCGAGGGUCAGGAGUCGCUACCGGCGCUGCUGGAGCGAGAACCUCCUUGCGUGGUGCCCAGCGCGUCCAUGCUGGGUCCUGCUGACACCGCGAGGGUGGGCGCGAGCUCUGCUGUGUUGAAUUGGCUUUGCUGGGCAAAUGUGCAGAGAAGGCUUCUUGUUCAUCCGUGAGUUUAGGAAACAGCACAGGAACCGUCCCCGAGUGCUGCGCUGCCGGGCGGCCUCACCACGGCCACAGCUGCAGCUCGGGCCUGGCUGCGUGGAGGAUGCUGCUUUAUCCGAGGAAUUCCUCCCCCUGAUUUGGUUGGGACCUGCUCCGAGCACAGCACGUAUCGUGUUUUCUUUCUCAAACUUCAAACUGAGGGGGGCAAGGGGGAUUUUAAACCCUCCCCACGGUGGUCUUCGCUCUCAGCUCCUUGGCGGUCAUUUGAAUGACAAUAGGGCAUUUUUAACAAUAUAAAUAGAAACAACAUGUAAUAAUCCUGCCUAAAAACCUCUUUGUGAAGCAUGCAGCUUCCGUGCUCCGUUUCCCUCCUGUCUGCGAUGGUCGCUACGAGAUAUCACGGCCUUUCCUGUAAAGGAGAAGUGAGAGGAGGAGGGAGGCUUGUCUUUUCCAAGCAUGAGAUCUGCUGGAUUUCUGGGAACGUUCUCAAGUGGGAAGUAGAAACACAACUUCCCCCUCCUCCUUCUCUCUCAGCCCAGCUCGAACCUCACAGCAGAGAAACUGAGGGAGAAAGGCAGUGCCUGAGUUGGGAGAGGAAAAAUCUCGUAGAAAUUUCGCCUGAGGCUCCAUGAGCUGCGCUGGGGGUGAGACUCACGCAGGUUGGUGUGGGGCUGCAGGGCAGCGCAGCAGCACGGCCCAAUCUGGGCUCAGCCCAGGGCUCGUGUCCCAAGCGCUGCCCAGACCCAGGGAAGCUGCGCUGCACAGGGAGCGCGGUCCCUGACGGAAUGCCAACCUGGUAGCUGAGAAGUGAUGGACAAAGGGAGAACGAUGGUAACUGUUCAUCACCUUGCAAGGCUGAACAUUGACAAAGUUAAGCCACGAAGCUGAGCGUUGCUGCUGAGAGCGGGAGCGAGGAGCUCUGUGCUGCAGCAGUAGCCGGAGGCGCCCAUGGGAUGCGGUCUGUGCACGAAGCGGGAGGGCAGAGCUGCGAUGUGUCCGUCCCUGGUGCCCCCAGCAGCCCCGUGCUGAAAUCCCAGAGGGCCCCUGGGAAGGGGUGGGUUCCUCCUGGAGGAGAGAGUUGCGGCAGGAAGGUGAUUCUUCUGGGUGCUCUUUUGGGCUGCGAUGCCGCAGCCGGUUCCUCACUGCGUGUGCUCGGAGCACGGAGUGGGGCACGGCACGUGGUGCGCUGCUUUCCUUCUCCCCUGUUUUGUGCUUUGGCCACGCGGCGUGUGCAUCAGAAGCUCAUCAGGGUGACUGCAGAACAUAUCUGCAGAGCUAAAGCUGUGAGUUACGGGGGGUUUCAGGUGGUUUGGUUUUAUUUUAUGAUUAUCAACGAGGGAUGCCUAUAAGCAAAUUAUCUCAGCAGUUGAAUAUUCCGUGCCUUUAUGGGACUUUCUUGGUGCAAGGAGUGCAAAACAGAGCGGUGAUGCACAUUGUUUUGGAAACACAGAGUGCGGGCGGCUCAGGCAGCCCUUGUUGCCAAAGCAAAGGAGAAACGCAUUUGGAUUAAAGCAGCCUGGUGGCCGAGGUACCCAAGCUGCAAAAUGUUUAUAAAGACUGCUAAAAUGCGGGCGUUCCCAGAGCCCCUUGUGACAGGUGAGCACCCGGCCCGGUGCCCCCGGCUGUGUGCCACUCGAGGUGCUGCCCUGGGAAGCAGCUGAGGAGCACCAAGGAGGCUCCCCCUCCCCGGGUUGGUGCCCUCUGCACUGUUACCACUGUGUUCGUUUCACUGUGGGCAGACUUUGCCAGGCUUCCCCAGCUUUUAAUGCAUGGAGCAUGCAUGCUGCCGCAAACAGCUCUGGUGUGAAAUUUCAGAGGGGCACGCAGCACGGCGGCACACGGAGGGAUGUGGUGUGGCAGGGUGGGCGCAGGGCAGGCAGCCCCUUCCCCAGCUCUGCAGUCCCAGUGCCAUUGCCUGGGUGGAAGUGGGUGUUCUGCGUGGGCAGCCCGGCUGGCUCCUCACUGGCUCCUUACCAGUGCAUCUGAAGGAGAAGGAAAAGCAGCUCUGCUCAAAACAAUCCCCAAACUUUGUUCACUUGUAGGCUCUCAAACCGUCUUAAAUUCCACAUCCAGCCUUUAUCUUCUGAGGCAUCCAUUCUGUGCCUGCCGCACGCAUUACCUUUGCUAGGGCAGGAGAGAUGCCUCCCAGCUCAGGAGUGUUUUCCAUAUCAGUCACUGACUGCAGCGCUGUGUAUUUUACCUGUUGGUGCUCCAGACUUUGUCAUCAGAGGAGGAAGGAACCUCCACAGAGAGCCCCGCCGAGCAAAGACACCAAGUUCAGUGUGUGGAAAUGCGCUCGCUGUGUUCCCGCAGCGCUGCGGCUCGGGGCUGAGAUGGGCGGCACCGAGCUGCCACCGCCGGCCCUGGGACGGCUCUGCGAGGAGGAGGCCCUCGUGCACGCAGCUGCUUGCCAACGCGUUUCUGAGCUUUGAUGAAAUGCAAGCAGUGCGUGCAUUGGCCACGCUGCUCACAGGGCAGGCCAGGGCUGUGUGGGGACAGGCAGGGCGAGCAGUGUGCAGUGCAAGCGGUGAGGAGCAGCGGCAGCGGCACUGAAGCUUCGGGAGAGCUCCACGCUCUGGGCAGACCUGGGCCGCUGCCCCACGCCCCGUUGCUUCCACUCUGUGGCUCACUGGGAGGCGCUUCCCGAACGUGAAUGCCCGUCUUUCCAAAGGGCUGCCCUGUUCAAAGAGGGAUCUGAAAUAUUUUCACCUCUCAGACCUGAGAAUGACACAGCUUCUGCAGCUGAGCAGUUCGUUUUGCUCCGCAAAUGGUGACCGCACACCAGCGCUGCUGCUGGAGAACUGGGAGGCAGUGGGGCUUUCCCAGAGGGCCGGUGCCCCCCCGAGCACCCGAGGCAGCUGGCUGGAAGCAGAAGGUUUGCGUUUCCGUACUGAAAGCAGCACCGGGCCCUCGUCUCUGCUCGGUCCUGGCGCUCUUCUCUUGCCCUUAGCAGAAGUAAGAGUGAAAGCACAAUGCGUGGUAGUUGCAGCUCAGGGGCCGCUUCCCAGCCAGCCAUUGUUCGCUGCGUGGAAGGGUUGGGCUGUCAGCAACGCCGUGUGCAGUCGUGGCUAUCGCCCAUUGACUCCCUGCUCACCAACCAACCCCACCACGAGCAGGCCGGGGCUGUGCUGCAGGGCGGGCUGUGGGGAGGUGGCCCCGGGCCCAGCGCCGCGGUGCCUGGGGGAGCUCAGUGCUGGGAUACAAAGGCGGAAGUUGCUUGCAAGGAAGAUGGCAGCGCGGCGCGAGAAUGGCGUUGUCUUCGUGCUGCCGUUGUCUCCCUCGGCCUCCUGUCCGCAGCGCACCACGGCAACGCUGGGCAGAAUGCAUUCCGUGCUGUAACAUUUCGGCUGUUUCUCCUCUCACCGUGACGAGGCCGGGCAUCGCCUCAGCGCCCGGCAGCCGCCGUCCUGCAGGACUGGCUGUGAAGUUUUGCUGCAGCUCCUUGGCCAGGGCCGUGUGUAGGUCCCGCUUCGGCAGAGCAGCGGCAUUCUCCUCUCUGCCUCCACUUCCAUCACCCUCUCCUCCCUGUGCCUGUGCUCUCCCUUUGUCCCGUGUCACAUCACCUCUCUCUGCACCACGCUUUUUGCUCCUCAUGGAGCUCCGUGCUGCUGCUGCUGUGGGCACCACGUGCGGUGGGUCCCAGCGCCGGCCCCGCUGCCGCCAGCAGCGCUGCACAUCCCGCACCCAGCACGGGGCUGCCACGGCCCCGCAGCGCCCACCCCGCACCCUGCGCCCUGGGAGCGGUGCUGGGGACCCGGCCCCGCGCUCUCCCUGCCUCCCGCCGCCUUCCUUCCCGGCCGGCUUUGCUUCUUGACCUACAUCUCCAGCUCGCAUCGCUUCUCGUGGCUGCGCCGUUUUGUUUUCUGUUUGCUGCUGUUUUCACCGGGGAAAGGAUGGAGGUUUCUUGGAGGCCUUCUGCGGGAGCCAGACCCUCCUGCAGGAGCUCGGCGUGCAGAAUUCCGCUGACUUUUUUACAUAUCUGCAUGCGUGAUCACCAGCAGGAGUGUUUUUAAAAGUAGCUCGGUGUCUCUUUCAGGGAGUUAGAAAGGAGCAGAUUUAUUCUGUGCUGCGCUGAGAAUUAACUCUCUUUUCUUCCUUUUCCCUCUGCCCCCACUGGAAAGAGAGAGAAUGUAAAAAAGAAGAAAGGAUUUACAUUGUCGUCGUGAUUGGCACAGUCUGUGAAUGAGAGGUCAUUUCAUGUGGCUGUUUCUUUUCAAGCGCUCUUUUUUUCAUGCACACUGUAUUCAGGCUGGGAGCAUUCUUUCUUUUCAAAGCUUCUCUGUCUGUCUCUCUCUUCCCCCUCCUUUAUUUUUCAUCCCUUUUCUUUACUUUUGCUGUCUUUUCAUUCUGUUUUUCUCCUCCCCCUUGGGGCUCCAUUUUUUCUUUCCUCUUUCCUCUAUUCAGUUCCUUUUUUUCUUUUCGCAUCUUUUUUGAAUAGCUCUUCUAUUUUCGGAGAGGAAAGGGACUGUGCAGAAGAGAAGUCGCUGCAGCGAGCAGGAACUUGAAAGUCGCUCUUUCCCUGUUUAUUUCACUUAAAAGCAACAAACUGUUUUGCAGGGAGGAGGGACUCUGUGGCGCAGACCCCGCGCGGCGCGGGCAGCCCGGGCCGGGCAGGAGGGAGCCGCUCGGCGUGCCGGCAUCGCCGCUGUGCGCUGGCGCUCAGCCAUGACCGCAUAGGGCGCAGAGAUGGAUCGUUUCACCGAGUGCGGGACGCAGACGGACGCCGUGGUGGUGCUGUCCCUGGCGCAGGCCGCGGUGCUGGGCUUGGUGUCUGACAAUGAGCUGCUGGGGGCCACCGUCAGCCCCGCUGGCUUCUUCCCGGGGCUGGGGGCCGAGGGAGAGCCUGAUGUCACAGCGGAGCCCGAGGGCGAGGGAACGGCGCCGGACGGGCAGGAGGACGAGUCCCUGGAGGCAGAGUGCUCCCCGGAGAAGCACCCGCGCAGGAGGAAGCGGCCCCCAGUGAGGCUGCUGCCCAAGGUCAAGCGCGAGGAGGCGGAGGCGGAGGUGUUCGAGGUGGCCGUGCCCGGGGAGGACGAGGACGACCUGCAGCACAGUGCCCCAUCUGCCCCCCCGGACCCCACACCAGAGGCCAGCGGUGCCGUGAAGAUGAUCGACCUCAGCGCCUUCAGCAGGAAACCCCGGCGCCUGCGGCACCUGCGCCGGCACACGCGCCAGCAGCCACACAGCUGCGAGCCCGACCCGGCGCAGGGCAGCGGCGCGGGCACCACGCGGACACCGUGCGCCUUCGAGGCGGGAGCCCCAUCCCCCGGGGAGCCCGAGGCACCCGCGUCCCCCGAGCGGGUGAAGAGCGAGCAGGGCUUCACGUGGCAGGAGCCCGGCGAGCUGGAGGCGGAUGCGGCGGGCGGCAACAGCGAGCACAGCAAGAAGGCGCAGCUGGACCGGCUGGACAUCAACGUGCAGAUCGACGACUCGUACCUGGUGGAGGCUGGGGACCGCCAGAAGCGCUGGCAGUGCCGCAUGUGCGAGAAGUCCUACACCUCCAAGUACAACCUGGUGACCCACAUCCUGGGGCACAACGGCAUCAAGCCGCACUCCUGCCCGCACUGCAACAAGCUGUUCAAGCAGCCCAGCCACCUGCAGACCCACCUGCUGACCCACCAGGGCACGCGGCCGCACAAGUGCGAGGUGUGCAGCAAGGCGUUCACGCAGACCAGCCACCUGAAGCGGCACAUGCUGCUGCACACCGACAUCAAGCCCUACAGCUGCCGCUUCUGCGGCCGCGGCUUCGCCUACCCCAGCGAGCUGAAGGCGCACGAGGUGAAGCACGAGAGCGGCCGCUGCCACGUCUGCGUGGAGUGCGGGCUGGACUUCUCCACGCUCACCCAGCUGAAGCGGCACCUCGCCACGCACCAGGGCCCCACGCUGUACCAGUGCCUGGAGUGCAGCAAGUCCUUCCACUACCGCAGCCAGCUGCAGAACCACAUGCUGAAGCACCAGAACGUCCGGCCCUUCGUCUGCACCGAGUGCGGCAUGGAGUUCAGCCAGAUCCACCACCUCAAGCAGCACUCGCUCACACACAAGGGCGUGAAGGAGUUCAAGUGCGAGGUGUGCGGGCGCGAGUUCACGCUGCAGGCCAACAUGAAGCGGCACAUGCUCAUCCACACCAGCGUCCGGCCCUACCAGUGCCACAUCUGCUUCAAGACGUUUGUGCAGAAGCAGACGCUGAAGACCCACAUGAUUGUGCACUCACCGGUGAAGCCAUUCAAGUGCAAGGUCUGCGGGAAGUCCUUCAACCGCAUGUACAACCUGCUGGGCCACAUGCACCUGCACGCGGGCAGCAAGCCCUUCAAGUGCCCCUACUGCUCCAGCAAGUUCAACCUGAAAGGCAACCUGAGCCGGCACAUGAAGGUCAAGCAUGGCGUGAUGGACAUCAGCCUGGACAGCCAAGAUCCCAUGAUGGACCUGUCUGGGGCUGAGCACACCGAGCUGGACGGGCAGCAGGAGAUGGAGGACUACGAGGAGGAGAACUCAUACGGCUACGGGGGGGUGGGGAACCCCCCAGACGAGAGCGCACUGGCAGAGCAGGCCAUGAAGGAGAUGGCGUACUACAACAUGUUGUAGCAAGGAGGGCGGGUGGCCCGGGGUGGGCGGGGGGAUGGCGAAAUGGACCCUGCAUGUAAGGGAGCCACUGCUGGGGGGGGGUUGAGCAGGGAAGCAGGGACAUCCCUAAAGCAUGGCUGGGCACUGGGCAGGGAGCCUGGGAGCGCUCUCAUCUUCAUGGGGCCAUUCCUGCUGGGGGCCCGUUCUGCCUAAACCUCUGGAGAGGGAGUGCCCUCCUGCCCGGUGCUCUGCCACCCCUUUGUCCCCCCACACCUCAGUGGCAGCCGGGCCCUGGCCCCGCUCCUCACCCGCAGCCCUGUGUGAUGUACUUGAAGCUGCUGGCGGGCAGGCUGCGUCCCAGCAGACGAUGAGCAUCGCUCCUGAUCCUACCUCCUGGCUCCCCACUCGGCUGUGCUGUGCUGUGCCGUGCAUCAGCCUGGCAUCCCCUGCACGGAGACCAGCGCUGCACUGCCCCGCGCUCCCCAGCUCCUCGCAGCCCGGAGCUGCUCCGGUUGCUCUGGCACCGGCAGUGAGCUGGUACGGGCAGAGCUGGGGCAGGCCACAAGAGGCCACAGGGCACACACACAAAGAGUAUUUUCUUACAAACUAAUUGCAAAGCUCAGCGGAAGCAGCAGCUCUGAGUACAGAGUGGCUUUGGUGAGCGAUGUAUUUAAAGGAAGGCAAACCCUGUUCAACUUGAGCAAAUGAUGGUAUUUUGAAAGUAAUUUAUUUUUUUCAGAUGUGCCGCGUGGUUGGAUUUAUCUUUUCACUGAGUUCAGUUUCCUUCAACCAAUGUUCUUUGUAAA